AGCACAAUUGACAUCGUUGUCAAACUUUACGAAACACUUUUUUGAUGCUUUGGUGAAAACGAAGAAGGUAUAAGGCGUCUAGAAAAAAUCUGGAUCUUGUAUCUGAAUGGUACACAUUAUUUACGUGUUUGUUUUCAUUUUUAAACAACUUACGAUAAUAUCGAACUACGAUUACUUUAUAAAGCCGUAAAAUGACGGCGUCGUCUACCCUCGAUCCUAAAUUACGAAAUCGUCUUACAAGAUAUCUACAUACUGGAAAUGAAAUUCCGAGAUACUAUCCGGGAUGUUGGACAACACAUAAAUAUUAUGAACUGGAUAAAUUACCGGCAUUGAAUGAAGUUUUUGAAACCGAUCCUAACAAUGUAGAAGUUGUUAACAUCAUCCUGAAGGCUUAUGAAAAUGGCUGUUACACACGUUUUGAGACUAUAGCAUUUGCUUUGACUAAGUGCAUUCUAUUGGGUUCUUGUGCUGUCAAGGAAGCUUCCUACAAAGCUGCUUCGCAAGUGUGCAAGACUCCGGAAGAAAUGUUGCAGUUCAAUAAGUUUACAAGGCUCCUGCAUACUGGUAAUGGAAGAGGUUGGUGCAAGCAUGUGUGGGAGUGGUACACAUCCAAGGAUCCCGUGGAGCUUGCCAAGGAAAUGACUAGAGUCCGUGCGAGACAUGGCCGAUCACACAAAACACUGUUGCGGAAAUCCCAUUUAAAGAUUGCUGAAAAUGAUCAUGCAAGAGAAGCAGUGGUGAAAUACGCACUGUUCGGUCUGAAACGCGCAAAGCAACUACUGGGCGAUGUUGAGGGCACCAAGGAAGUGUUUGAUUACAUCCAGAAGGUGGAGGAUAUGCGUCAUUGUGAGGAUCCAGUGGCGGCGGCGAUCAUAGCUGAACAGAAUAACUUCACUUUGGAUCAUGUUCCAGGACAUUUGCUUACGUCACAAGAGGUAUGGAAUGCAAUUCUGCCGCAAUUCAAAUUGCAAGACCUGCUGUAUAACAUUCAACGCAUCCACAACAUGGGUUACCUGAACAGUGAAUCAACCACUACAGCCAUCUUGGUUUCGCUCCUCAACAAUCAAGACAUCAUCAAAAAAUCGACAGUCACUCCGAUCGAAGUUUACAUCACUCUGUGCAACUAUAAGAAGAAAACCAGGCCUCUGAAGUUCGAAAAGGCGAAAGUGGCACUCGAGAAGCAACAACGUCGUCGCGCUCGACAGAUAUUCGACUGCAAGACUCAGCUCUGGGAGUGGACUGUCACCCGCCGACACCCUAAGGAAAUCAAGAAUUGGGGAAUCGAUCAGCCACCGAAUCCAGCUGUACUUGCGGCACUUAACAAGCUCAUAGACCAGACUUGGACGCUCACUCCCGCCACCAAAGCUCGCUACUUGAUCACUUUGGAUAUGAGACACCACAUGUUUAAGGGUCGUCAUUUCUGCAAAAGCUACACGGUGCCCAAGAAGGGCAAGAAGACGAACGCCAAAAGCACCCCCGCCACGGGUGGUGGGGACGCAGACACAGAGAAGACGGAGAGCAAGAAACAUCUGUUCGCUGAGUGCUUUUAUAAUAAACAUGUGACUCCUGGACAUGCAGCUAUUAUCCUGGCCCUACAAUUACUGAAGCGUGAACAAGAGGCUAAGAUCGCCGUAUUCACUGAAGAAGGCAUUGAUCUUGUCUCCAUUGAGCGUAACUUCAGCAACAUUGAGGAAGCCGAAUUUGUGCUCAGGAAAGCGAACCUAGGCCGCGUGCAAAUGGACGCUCCAAUAGAGUGGGCGAGCAAGAUGAACAUGAAGUUUGACGUAUUCAUCAACAUGAUUGACCGAUGCACUCGUUACAUGGAGCUGGAUAUCACAGCGCGUGGAGGGCGAGGACCCGGCGGUCGGUAUGGGCCUCCGCCCCCCGCUGACAAGGAGAUAAUAGACCAUUGCCCGGUUAGGGCCCUGGAACGCUACAGGGCUAAAGUCGGUGUGCCGGAUGCGAAGCUAAUCGUGCUGUCUCUCGCGUCCCACCGCGUGGGCACAACAGACGGCACCCACGAGGGCGUGCUCGACAUAGUGGGCGUCGACGAGCACGUGCCCAAGGUCAUGGACGCGUUCGUGCGCGGCGAGUUCAAGUGAACGUCACGUUGUAUACUCUGUACUUGGUAGUUGUGAGCGCUCGCGUGAGAUGAUUUUGUUUUUUUUUUUUAAUUUGUGAAGUGGUAGUGGUUAUCAAAUUUUUUUGUGAAAUUUUUUUAGGUUGGAAUGUAUUAUGGAAAUUUAUUGUAACUUUUACGAGCUUUUAAAUCAUAUGUAUUUGUUUAGAAUAUAAUCCUACUGCGGUUUAUUUUUUAACUCUUUAUCAACUCUAGAAAUUGCAGUUUGUGUGUUAUUCCGCUAUUUUAAAAGUGAAAAUCGAUUAUAGUUUUAAAAAUUGAAUGUAUGUACAUCGAAUCUGUUAAUCAAUGCGAAGCUUUAAAUUGUCAAGACAGAGUGAUAAUCAGUGAUUAUGCGCUUUAUGUCGAAGAUAUUAUAUACAAUAAUAUGGUAACGAAAUCAUCUCACGAGAACGCUGUCAAUGCGAUCAAGAAAAUAAUGGGAAUUUCAGAUAUACUGCAUAAUAUAAUAUAACUUCUUAUUGCACAGCCUUAAUUGUAUUCUGUUAAUCAUGUUGAAAAUACAAUUUUUAUUGAUUGACUUAAUACAAUUUUUAUUUUAUCUGGAACAUUCCUAUUCUUAUUUUGAUCGCAUUAUUUUAAAUAUGCAAACUUAUUACGUAAAAUUAAAUUCGUCUCUUUUACCCACUGACCUUCAUUGUACUACUUCGCUGGGCUAUUAAAUUAAUUAUCUUUGAAAUUUCGUAUUUACUUUUAUUCAGUUUUGCAUCUUUCACACAAAUUGCCUUAUUUGGCGCUCUAAACUGAAAAUUUUUGAGAUGAUACAUUUCUUUACAUUUUUUUAUUUCAUUAAUAGCAAGCCCAGUGUAUUAUUAUAAUUGAAGUCAGUGCUUUUACCUCAGUAUUUACGUUUACUGUAUAAAAAACACGUUACAAACGCGGGUAAACCAUAUUGAUUGUUUUUUUUUUCUAAUUGAUGUGUUUUUAACCGAUCCACGAUUAAAUUUACGCAUCGAAUAUAGCUCACCCGAAUUUGUGAAACAAAUACCACACCGCAAUGUGUUCCGAACCUCAGUCAUAAAAGUACAUAAUAUUUUGAACUAUUGCGUUGUUUUAAUUUGCGCUUUGUGAGAGAAAUUUGUGUUUCGUCAAUUUAUUUACAUUUACAAAAUCUACAGUUAAUUUUUAAGACCAGUUUCUAUAUUUUAUCUGUAUGAAAAAAAAACUUACACGCUUGUUCAAGUUUUGUCUAACAUUAUAAGGAAGGUUUGAGAAAAAUAGUGAUAAGAUAUAGAAACAGGUCCCGUGUGGUUCGGUCACAAUGUUACGAAUGAAAUAUCGACCUUAAAAUUUAGAUAGGGAAAUAUUGCAGAAUUUCAGUUUAUUUUAUCGUGAUAUUUUCCAUUGUUUCAAGUUUUGAUCUGUAUUUAAAUUAAAAAGACCAGCAUAAUUGCAAAUGGAAUUAAAAUAUUACAAUAAAUAGCAUUCUAAAUUAAAAUACAAUAAAACUAUAGUACAUUGUAUUUUCUUAGUUGUUUAUUAUCUGUUUACGAAAGAACAGAAUUGUUUGUAAAACUAUUUUUGUGAAAUGUGAUUCUUAAACAAAAAUCCAACAUUCAUAAAAAUUUAACUGUAGUUCCGGACCAUUGAAUAUAAGAUAUUUUGAGCAUACGAUGGUUGUAUCUUCCUAGUUAACGUUUGGAUCUCUAUUUGUAACCUGGUUGGGCAGGCCUUAAGUUUUUUGUUUAUUAUUAUUAAUUAUUUUGCAUAAGUGGAAAUAAACCAUAUCCAAGCUUAAAAACUUAUGUUUUAUAACGAUUUUUUAUACGACUCAAGUCGAUAGUUGUUGCGUUUCGCUUUAAUAUUGAAGCUUGUAUUCUUAUAGCUUAAUAAGCAUAAUCGUCGUAAGGGUAAUCGUAUAUUAUAUUGUUAUGAUGUCUCUAACCCUAGUGUAGGCGGUCAAUUUAGGCCUCGACGCAUCUCUUAGUCGAUCUGGGGCAUGAUUGUAUUGAUAUUAUAAGCUUAGUAUAUUUGUAGCUUGAUAUGUAACAGGGUCUUUUUGGUGAAACAAAAAUUUCGGCACCUGACGCUCACUACAAUCAUGGCUAUGUGUUCAAUACAGUAAAUAGUGACGGAGGUGACAAUAGGUGAAAUUACUUUUAUUCCAUAUUAUAAAAGAAAAUAUUUCCAUGAACCAACCGUCAUGUUACUUCCAUCUGUUACAUUUGAACGCCAGUACUCUUAUAGUUAACGAGUUUAAAUUUUAUUUAUAUUUUAUACAAGUAACUAAAGUGAUGUUUGAUGACAUUCUUUCCUAAUUGCCAAAGCAAAAUAUGCAUUUUUAUUAUCUAGUUACUGUACUGGCCUUCAAAUGUUCUUAUGUAGCUGUAGUAGAUAUUAUGUACUAGCAUAUCCUUGGUCUUUUAGGCUAAUAGAAAACUGGUACAUGCUCAUGUGUUUUAAAAGUCAAUAAAAUCAAUUACAUCCGGUAAUUAUAUAAAUAUUGUUAUGGGCAAGUAUCAGAUUUUCAAACUGUGUGUAGUUAAUAGGUGAAUCCGUUUCAAUAUUGGUUACUUUUGUACUAAUAAGAACGGAAUUUUCAGAAUCUGUGAUCACUUGGUACUCUCUCGGGUUUAAGUAUUUUUUAUAACCGUAAUGUUGAAAAUUUAGAAAGCUCGAAAUUACUAGUUACUCUCUUUAUUGUGUAUGUUGUUUUGUUAUGGGAUACUUUAUAUACUAACGUUUUAGUAUUACGCUAACAGAUCAGCGCAUUGUUUAUUUAUUUUUUAAAUAUAAAAUAAUAAGUUACUGCCUCAUUUAUUUUGCAAUGCAGUGGCAUUAGACUGUGACGAUAGUCAACUGUUUUCAUUUUCAGUUUUUAUAAUUGCCUUAAUAUUAAAACGAAAUACCUUUCGUUGUAUAAAAUAGUUUACUGUGAUUAUGAUGCCUUUGCAACUCCGGAAAAGUUGUUUAUGGAAUAUUACUGGAAUUUAUGGAUCGAAAUUGAAUACAAAAGCUGAAGUAACAAGAUAUAAAUGUACUCUCACUAUAUUUUCUUACAUAUCACGUUACUAUGCAAUUAUCUGUAUAAAAAAAAUACUGUAUGAUGGUAAUUUAUACUGAUAUCCAUACAAAUACGUGUCAAAUUACUAAGCAGUACGAUUAACGAAAGAAGUUACAUUCUUUUAAUUUAAUAUAGAAGUAAAUUCAACAUUGGUUACUUUUUAUUCUUGUGUUUUUACUUUAGCUUCAAUGAAAUUGGUAACUGAGGAAUCAAAAAGACUGCUUACAAAGUCCCCAUCCAUAGCCAAAUAAUAUACUAAGGUCUAUGGUACCACAACAACCUUUAAAAUUACAGUCCGUCCCAUUCGAAGAUAUUUUAAGUUGCACUCGGCUUUAGUUCAUAAUAAUAUUUUGUUUAAUCAUUCACAGCAGCAUAUAUUUGCACUUUAUGAAUAACAGAAUGUAAUAACAUUUCAAAAAUGUACAUGCAUGUUUGUUUUCAUGUUAAAUAAACUUAUCAACAUCA